CGGAAACAGAAAAUUCCACACUUCCUCUCACUCAAUUUAAUAUCUAAUAAAAAAAAGAAAGAAAGGAAAAAGAGUCUUCUGUACCCACUCUAAAGCUAUUCAUCACUUCUCUCACCCUUGAUAUCUACAUGGUUUAUCCCUUACAGUCAUUACAAAACGAUCUGAUGUCCAAGCAGCUUUCACAUGAAAUGAUGAAACAUAAUCUCCAUGACAUCGAAUAAUGGGUGAAGUGAAAUACGAAACCAUCACAGUGAUACUCAAUUAGAAAGGAUUUUCUAUCAAAUUCAAGGACCAUAAAACACGACACACCCGAGAAGAUAGUGAGAAGAAGAAAAAUAAGAUAGAUCGAAGAGAUACAACAACAAGUCGAAAUAGCGACAAUAAUAAAGCUGUUGACAAAGUUUGUUGAUACAUAAUCCUGAAGAGAAAGUGAAAAAGAAAGAAGAAAAAAAAUUGUGUUUGAUAAUUUUCAACAAGACAAGAAAAAAGAAAAAAAGAAAUCAAGUAAUAGAAAGUUUUAGGAUAAAGUUUUCUCCUGGGUCAUCAUCAUGAAUAGUGUUCAAAGUUCAGGUCAUACAACAUCACUUAACAAGAAGAAGGAUUCACAAUUUGAGGAAAUUGCAAUAUCUUCAACUGAAAAGAGAAAUUGGCGUGGAAUUUGCAUUGCUUUACUCGUUAUUUCUGCUGUCUUAUCAAUUAUAGUUUUCUCAAUAUUCUUAUUAUCUCCAGAAAUUGAGGAUACCAGAAUUUAUGGUAGGCGUGUUAUUCUAUCGGAUAUCUACAAUGACUCACUCAAAUGGAAGCCUUUUAAUGGCUCUUGGAUAAGCGACAAGGAGUUUAUCUUUCGGAAUCUCGAAAACGGCAUAUCCUUAUUUAAUGCUGAGACAUUAGAAACCAAAUUACUUAUGGACAAUUCUUCAUUUAGACGCCUCAAUGUUGAUUGUUACAGCAUCUCACCAGAUCUGAAUUUUAUACUUUUAUAUGAGUGCGAGCACGAUGAUUCCAAUGGCACGAAGUACUACGUGUAUGAAAUCUUCUCAACUACUUUUUACGCACUCACGCCAAACGAGAGCGAGGAGGUCAAAUUGCAGAAAAUUUUAUGGUCACCAGCAUCUUAUGAUAGUAGUAACAUAGUGAACAAUAACAAUAAUAAUAAUAGUGAGAAAAAAGUUCUUCCAAGUAGUAAAAACAAAGUGAAAACUAUUGAAAAGAGUAAGAUCGCUCAAGCUGUGACAUUUAUUCAUGAUUAUGACAUUUAUUACAAGCCGAAGAUUCACAGCGAUUUGGUGAUUCGAAUAACGACAAAUGGGAAAAAAGAUUUUCUUCUCAAUGGGAUUCCGGAUUGGCUUUAUUUAAACACGCCGGAACUUAACAGUGAUACCAUCGCCUUCUCCACAAAUGGAAGUUAUUUAUCAUUCUUGUCGUUUAAUAUCACGAACGUGCAAAAAUAUGAAUAUACGUGGAAUGGCAAAAAUUCUCAAUAUCCAAUGAUUAAAGCUAUUCGAUAUCCACGAUACAGCACACCAAAUCCGACUGUUUCAUGCUUUGUGGUGAAUCUUAACGUACUCAAAUACAUAAAUCUUAUUCCAGUUGUCCUACCAAAACAUCUCAUAGGCGACUUUUACAUUGGAAAUAUGUUUUGGAUUAGUAACGUUGAGAUGACAUUAACGUACACAUCUCGAGAUCAAACAUUAUCGAGUACAGUUCUGUGCAAAGCGCCGUUGUUCGAAUGCGUUGAAAUACAACAAGAAGUAAAUACUGAAAUCGGAGUUGAUAUCUCACCCGAAAAACCAAUUUAUCUCGAUGCAAAUGAAUUUGCUUUGAAGCUUUCUCCAUUAAAAAUGAAUUCAUCAGAUUCAUCAACAAACAACAAUCGCUUCUUGAUUAAAAUAUUUCCCGUGUUGGAUGGAAAAUUUGGCGCGUUUCGACAAAUUGCUUUGAUUCCAUUCACAAAUAAGAAGGCAAUUGGAGUCACAAUAGGACGUAGCGAGGUAACAGAGAUUCUCGGUUGGGAUGCUAGAAAUCAGGCGAUUUAUUAUAUGAGUGCACCAGAGGGUCGUCCUGGUCAACGGCAUUUAUAUAAAAUAAUUUUGGAAUUCGAUCUUCUCGAUAGUCUGUCAAAUGAUAUCAAUAUAAGACCAAAAACUCCCGUUUGCUUAACGUGUGAUAAUAGCAUAGGGACUUAUGACGUAAAUAAUACGUUUAAUCUGAAUAGCUUUAUUCGUGAAAAAAAUCACAAUGAAAAAGAUAUUUUCGUGAAAGUGAAUACGAUGAUUGGUAAAAAUAAACAACCAAGUGAGGCAGAUUUGAUACCCAAUAAUUGUCUCUAUAAUCGAGUUCUCAUGAGUACAGACUUCUCUUAUUAUGUGUUGGAGUGUUUAGGUCCAGACACCCCAAGUGUUUACCUUGUAGAUAGUUCGUUAGCUAAGAAAAUAUUCAUCAUUAAUCUCGGAUCAGAAAUGGCAGAGAACGUGAAAGAAUUGGCAAUGCCUCAAGUAAAGACAUUCAGUGUGGAGAUAAAGGAUGGAUUUCAUGCCCAAGUGAGACUUUUCUUGCCACCAGCAGCGAAAGAGGAUGAAGAAGUUUCAUUUCCACUCAUUCUUCAUAUUGAUUCAACUCCAGGCACACAGUUGGUGUCAGAAGAGUUCAAAGUCGAUUGGAAUCAUUAUCUUUCUUCUCAGAAAUCUUUUAUUGUUGCGCAAAUUGACGGAAGAGGCAGCGGCUUCCAAGGGGAGGCAUUUAAAUCACAGAUUAAAGGAAACAUCAGUGUUGUUGAUGUCGAAGAUCAACUCACAGUUCUUACUUAUUUGAGAGACAAUUUCAAAAUUAUUGAUCCGACAAAAAUUUGUGCUUAUGGUUGGGGAUAUGGUGCUUAUCUCACAUCGAUAUUGUUGACAAAAGACACAAAACGAACAUUUCAUUGUUACAUUGCUGUGGCUCCAAUUGUUUCUUUCCAAUUCUACAGUUCGUUCUUUACUGAAAAAUAUUUUGGUUAUAAUCGCAUGAUUGGACAUUCGCUACAAGAAGCUGAUCUUUCCCUUCAAGCUUCCAAUUUCCUUUCUAAGAAUUAUCUUCUUAUACAUGGUACAGCUGACACAUUAGUUCAUCAACAACAUACCAUGCUUCUUACAAAAUCUCUCAUACAAAAAGGUGUCAUAUUCCGACAUCAGGUUUACACAGAUGAAGACCAUGAACUUAAAGGCGUUAUUUAUCACGUCCACAAAACAAUCGAAUCAUUUAUGGACGAUAACUUUGGUAAUUUGGAUUCGAAGGAAGUAUGGGAAGAUCCAGUUUUUUAUAUAUUCGCAAACAAGGAAUAAUAUUAGGCAAAGUAGCAUUGGCAAUCUUUAUCGAUUGACCAUCGCAUAGUGAAACGUCAUAACACCAAACUGUAGAAAUAAACUUUGCUUUUCUCUCCUUUAUCAAAAUAUUAGAUAUCUAAUAAACUUUU